AUGAACACAUACAACACGGUCCUAGGAGCGAGCACUGCCUUCCUAGCCACCGCUGUUGUCAUCCAAUCGGGAGCGCUGUACUUCCUUUACCGGAAGCUAAAAGCUCUCCGAAUAAAAUGCGAACAGACCACAUCCACCUGUAAUGCACUUCAGUGAGUCGAAUUAGUCGAAUUUAAACUUGGAUUAUAGAAAAUUGUUGUAAAAUACGAGAUGAAUUAUUAUUUGUUGUUUAAGAGAUGAUGUGAAUGGUCUAAAACAACGAGUAAAGCACCUAGAAGAGCAGCAGGCUCCUCAAAAACAACGAAAUACAGUGACUUUCCCAUCUUUUAUUCCACCAUCAAGUGGCGAUCCAGCUUCCACAUCAAUGAGUCGAGUGGCUUCACUAACUUCCAGCAGUGAUUUCCAAGACGCAUAUGACGAUUGGCCCGAUGAUGGAACAGCACCGUUGAUUAAUCUUGAAGGCGAUUGGAAGUCAAAUGGAAGUGUGGAAACGGUAAGAGGGAUAAAAAUUUUGGUUUAUAUUAUACAGGAUGACUAAAAUUUGUCAAGUGUAAUAUGAGGUAAAUAGAAGGGGUUGUUCGAUGGUAAAAUGUGUGGAAAACGCUUUUUAGACAUCAUUAUUUGUCAUGAAUACUAAAUUAUUUCAUUUUAUUACGAUUGAGGUAAAAAUUUAUAUUAUCCAUGACAAAAGUUUUAUCCAAAAAUUUAGUCGUAAAGUACAAUAUAUCGGCUAAUUAACGAGUCUUGCAGCUAAAUAUAGGCUUUAUGGAGUUUAUAUUCAGACCACCCCCAAUUUUGACUCAAAAUAGGUAACCAAACAACAAAAAACAUCCCUUAAUUAAAUCAACAAAAAACUGGCUUUUAUAGCAGAUGCUGAACAAAAGAAGCCCUCGCUUAAACAACCAGCCCCAUGAAUCAUCUCUAUUUGAUUUUUGGGGUUUGUAUUUUUCGCGAGACUGACGAAACCGCAAUUUAUUUUAUAUUAUACUUGAUAUUUGAUGUUUGUCAAGGAAAAUUUAGAGAAAUUUGGUGAUAAUUUGGGAUCUUUGGCUUUCUAGGGAAGCCUUGUGAGCUGAAGUGGGCUGGGGUUGUCAUAUUUUGCAUUAAAAAUUUAUUUUUAACCUUUGAAACGCAAAUUAAUUCCAGUAUACUGCAGUAGGGAACUUUUUUAAAUUAAAAUAUCGUUUUCAAAAAAAAUGUCGUCUAAAAUUUUAGGGAAAACGAAAAAUUUUAUCUUUUUUUGGACAUGGACACAAAAAAAGACCUCAAAAUUUCUCAAAAAAAUGUUUUCCAAUCCAAAAUUUUGAAAUACUAAACUCAUCUUCUCGUCUCUAAAGCUGUAAUUACAAGAGUUUCCCUAUUUUUUUAUUAAGUUUUUUAUCAAGAAAACCAUUUUCAAAUAAAAUUAGAACGAAAUUUUAGACAAAACGAAAAAUUUUAUCUUUUUUUGGACAUGAACACCCAAAAACACUCCCUCUUUUAUCACUUUGAGCCCUCAAGACAAAGAGACAGAAAAAAUGACCGGAAUUUUCAAUAGCCGGCCAAGAAAAGAUUGCUUUAAUGUUAUAGUAAGUCAAAUUGGACGAUUGGGGAAAAAGAAAAUUGGGGAAACUGAAAAGUAUUAUUUUGCUUCGAUGUAAGUGUCGAAAUUAGGACAAUCGAUGGUGAUGACUUCGAAAAAGACAUUCAUUUUUUUGAUUGUUACUAUUUGCCUUAAGUAGUACUGUAAAGUUACUAAUUUUUUGAAUUUUUUUCACAAAUAGUCGAUUCAGGGGUUUUCGACGGUGAAAAAUGAAUAAGUACUGCCGAAAACCCCUAAAUCAAGUAAUUGUGAAAAAAAAUUCAAAAAAAUUACAAACUUUACAGUACUACUUAUGAAAAAUAGUAACGAUCAAAAAAAAAAAUGAAUUUCAUUUUCGAAAUCAUCACCAUCGAUUAUCGUAAUUUCGACACUUAUAUCGAAGCAAAAUAAUGCUUUUCAGUUUCCCCAAUUGUCUUUUUCCCCAAUCGUCCAAUUUGACUUACUGUAAUAUAAAAGUAACCUUUUUACUGGCUGGAUAUUGAAAAUUCCGGUCAUUUUUUCUGUCUCUUUGUCUUGAGGGCUCAAAUUGAUAAAAGACGAGUCUUUUUCGGGUGUCCAUGUCCAAAAAAAGAUAAAAUUUUUCGUUUUCCCUAAAAUUGCGUUCUAAUUUUAUUUGAAAAUGGUUUUUUUGAUCAAAAACUUAAUUAAAAAAUAGGGAAACUAUUGUAAUUACAGCUUAGAGAGGAGAAAAUGAGUUUAGUAUUUCAAAAUUUUGGAUUUGAAAACAUUUUUUGGGAAAUUUUGAAUUUUUUUUAUUAAACAUGACUAAAACAAUAUAAAUUUUUGUUUGAAAAACAAAUUUUGAAAGCUAAGUCGAUGAUGAAUCCACUGGGAACGCGGUGUAAAGCGAUAUGGAUAAAGGAUUUUUAUAAAAGCGAACCCAAAAUCCAAUGGGACACAGCGCUUUUCCGGGUGGCUUUUGGUGGGAAUUAGAGAAAAGUUGGGAGAGAAAGGGAAAAGCUCUCGGACUUUGUACAUUAGAGACGCUUACAGGAUUCCUCAAAAGUUGUUUUUUUAGGUUUACUGGAUUUAGUCCACUUUAAAAUGGUUUUUUGAGACAUUCGGAUACUUUUUGAUACUUUUUAACAAGAUUUUUCGCUUUUUUACCUAAAUUUUCCCUUUUAAACGGGAUUUUAAAAAAGAUUUUUAUUCGCUUUUUGCGAUUUGCAUAGCGUAUAGAGAUUAGGAGACCGGAUUGCGCCGUUUUUCAGGAUCAACGAUCCGUUUUAUACCUUAUUAUUCGGACUUGUUCCAAUUUUUAUGCGUUUCAUCGCGUUCCCCGCAAGUUUUAUUCGAAUCUCCCCCGCGUUUUGAAUUCAUUUUUGAUCCGUUUCGCUCUAGAGUGGUCGAACAUUGGGCCCAAAAGAGGAAAAGACCAUUAUUUUCCGGCUGAAUUAUGGUAAGGAGGGUUUUUGGACAUGGAUAAUAUAAAUUUGAUGGUAAUUUUGAAAUAGAAAGAUAAAAGUGGGCAAAUUUAGGUCUAAAUGGACGAAAAAUGAAGGAAUUUUGUUUUCAGACUGGUCUGAAGCACGCGGACGAGCUGCACGAGAAGGGCGAACAUCAGAAAUGUUACGAUGAGCUGAAGAAACGCGCCGAAGCCGAGCCCACGAACCCGGAAGUGUUGUGGCGGUUCGCGCGCGCUUGCCACUCCCUGGCCAACACUUUCGAUCAGAAGAACCCGAAGAGGAAAGAGUUGGUGCAGGAAGGGCACAAAUUCGCCGUCGCCGCGUAUAAAAUCACUGACAAGGACUUCAACGUCCUCAAAUGGGCCGCAGUGCUGAGCGGAGCGUUGACUGACUAUCUGGGAACCAAGGACAAGAUCAAAGAGGGAUUCACUUUCAAGGUAAUUGCGAUUUUGGCGGGAUUCAGGGAGCUGUGAGGUUUUCGUGGCGGGACGCAGGGUUAAUGUCAAGGAUAAGAUAAUUUUGCUCUAAAAACAGUCUGAAUCAAAUUGAAAUUGAAAAUUUGGUGAAUAAAAGGAAGGAUUAGACUAUAUUUGUGAUUUUAGGAAUACCUGGACAAAGGCUUGGCCAUCAGUCCGGGCGAAUAUUCACUUCUCCAUAUGAGGGGCCGAUUCUCAUACAAUGUCGCAAAUCUCUCAUGGCUCGAAAGAAAAGCCGCGGCAGCCUUCUUUGCCACCCCUCCAACCGCUACGUUCGAUGAAGCCAUCACCGACUUUGCGGAGGUAAAAUUUUUUUAUAUUACACUAGACACACUUUCCUUCCAGGUGGAGAAAUUGAAACCCGACUGGGUGGAGAACCUAAUAUUCUUGGCCAAGUCCUAUAUCGCCAAAGGCGACAAAGAAAAAGCGAAGGCGGUCCUGAACCGGACCAUCAAAUUGCAGCCCGAGGACGAGGCGGACCGCGAAUUCAUCGAAGAAGCCAAAAAGACCCUCAAAUCCCUCUGA